UAAAUUUUCGCUAGGCACAACACACUCACACAUUCACGCCAGCAUGCAAUCAGGCAAGAUCCGAAUGCUCUUGGUCGGCAACGGUGGCCGCGAGCACGCCAUUGCCUGGAAAUUGGCCCAAUCCGCGCUUGUCGAGCACAUCUACGUUGUCCCGGGGAACGGAGGCACCGCAGGACUCAGCAAAGUCACGAACGUAGAUGGAAUCGGCCAGGAAGACUUCGCCGCCCUGACCAAGUUCGCCGCGGAGAACAGCAUUGGCUUGUUGGUGCCGGGGCCUGAGGCACCGCUCGUGGCGGGCAUCGCGGAUUACUUCAAGCAACACGCGCCUGGGGUGAAGUGCUUUGGACCGUCGCUGGGUGCGGCGCGCAUGGAGGGGUCGAAGACGUUUUCGAAGGACUUCAUGCAGCGGCAUAACAUUCCUACGGCUGCUUAUCGGAAUUUCAGUGAUUAUGAGGAGGCGAGGAAGUACUUGGAUGAGGUAUCUCACGACGUGGUGAUCAAAGCGAGCGGGUUGGCAGCGGGCAAAGGCGUUAUUAUCCCCGCGACGAAAGAGGAGGCACAGAAGGCACUCACAGAGAUCAUGCAGGACAAGGAGUUCGGUGCUGCGGGGGACGAGGUUGUGAUUGAGGAGUUCUUGGAGGGAGACGAGCUGAGCAUUUUGAGCUUCAGUGAUGGCAGCACUAUCAGGAGUCUCCCGCCAGCACAAGAUCAUAAGAGGAUAUUCGAUGGGGAUCAAGGCCCUAACACUGGUGGGAUGGGCACGUAUGCUCCGACGAGGAUUGCGCCGCAGAGUGUCAUUGACGAAGUUCACGAAACGAUCCUACAGCCAACUAUCGAUGGAAUGAAGAAAGAAGGUAUUCCUUUCGUCGGCGUGCUAUUUACGGGCUUGAUGAUGACAAAGUCCGGAGCGAAAACUCUCGAGUACAACGUUCGGUUCGGCGAUCCUGAGACGCAGAGUCUUUUAUCCUUGAUGAAGACCGACCUGGCCAGCAUUAUGCUUGCGUGCGCAGAUGGUAACCUAAGCACUAAGGAACUUGAAGUGUGGCCCAGGUCUGCUGUUACGGUCGUUGUAGCAGCAGGAGGGUAUCCGGGAUCGUAUGUCAAAGGGACUCUGAUGAAGUUGGAUCCUGCGCCUGAAGAUGUCGUUCUAUUUCACGCGGGAACUACACUCGUCGAUGGCUCACUGAAGACAUCUGGCGGCCGAGUUAUUGCAUCAACUGCUAUUGCAGAGACGUUAGAAGAAGCGAUCAGCAAGGCUUACUCCGGAGUCAAGUUGAUUCAUUUCGAAGGAAUGCAAUACCGGAAAGAUAUUGCCGGACGUGCUUUGAAGAAGACCACAUCAUAGGAGAGCUGUUGCUACCAUGGUAACUGCGUCAUAAACGGCGUUGAGGUUUAAAAAACUCUCCUGAGGUUCAAAUAUUCUUACUUCGUCGUACUUAAUCUAAAAAGGGGUCAAAAGGGUAGGCUUCACAUUUAAUGAGUGAGAACUGCUUUCAAAGUGUGUAUUCAUCAUAGUUUUGUACUCUUCUUCAACGCAUGCUCCCUAUCCCAUUCGUCCUACGGGAAUCAAUGUCAGUUUGAUCUGGGAAAUAGACGGCAAUGGAACGUAUGCACUUACAUCCCAUGGUAUUCGUGCAUUGCGAUGCUCGGGCUUGACCGGUGAGUUGACUUUGUGGUGUUCCACAGUAGCAUAUAUUACUUUACCAUCGAGAGAGG